AUGACCAUUGUCAACCAUGGCUUGUCUGAGAUGACCAUGGUCUACCAUGGCUUGUCUGAGAUGACCAUUGUCAACCAUGGCUUGUCUGAGAUGACCAUGGUCAACCAUGGCUUGUCUGAGAUGACCAUGGUCUACCAUGGCUUGUCUGAGAUGACCAUGGUCUACCAUGGCUUGUCUGAGAUGACCAUGGUCUACCAUGGCUUGUCUGAGAUGACCAUGGUCUACCAUGGCUUGUCUGAGAUGACCAUGGUCUACCAUGGCUUGUCUGAGAUGACCAUGGUCAACCAUGGCUUGUCUGAGAUGACCAUGGUCAACCAUGGCUUGUCUGAGAUGACCAUGGUCUACCAUGGCUUGUCUGAGAUGACCAUUGUCAACCAUGGUUUGUCUGAGAUGACCAUUGUCAACCAUGGCUUGUCUGAGAUGACCAUGGUCUACCAUGGCUUGUCUGAGAUGACCAUGGUCUACCAUGGCUUGUCUGAGAUGACCAUGGUCUACCAUGGUUUUUGUCUGAGAUGA